AUGUUGAAAUGUCCAAACAUUGCGGACAUUGUAACAUUUGGGAGCUCUUGCUCAACGUUCAGGGAUCCUGGGAAGAAAGCAUGGAAGUCACGAUCUCAAGUUGGAAUGAUUAUUGGCAAGAAUGAUGAAACUAAGGGCUUCAAAGUCUAUCUGCCGAAGGAGAAAAUUGUGAUCACUACUCAGCAUAUUCGUAGCGUCGAAACGUUAACUAGCGCACAGAACGCUCAGCUACAAAAACGGAUUAAACACGAAGAUUUCAUGCUGUGGCGCGCCGGGAUGGAUCGUGACGAAACCCCGAAACGGAAGGAGCCUGCAAAGUUAAAGAAGAGUGGUUCGAAGGCAGACGAAGAUUUGGUGAUAAGUAACAGCUCUAUCCCAAAUGAAAGAGAUGGAGGUGAGGUCGAGCAGUUACCAGAGGAUGGGCGGACGCAAGCUCGGAUGCAGACACGCAACAUGGGUACAAAGCACGUGCCGAUCUUUAGUGUGAAAGCUAUCAAGACUAAAGACCCCAAGAACUAUCACGAGGCGAUGAAGGACCCUCGAGUCAAGCACUGGAAGGAGGCAAUGCGCACAGAGAUUGACGCAUUGGAGUAG